CCAAUCUAUAAUAAAAUCCAAACUCUGUACACGAAUUGCUAGUUUCUGAAAGGAAUCACUGUCACAGAUAAAUGACAAAAUGUAUUUCGUGAAUUCGUGAUGGAACUUCUAGCGAAAAGCUUAAAUGACGCGCAAUUUUCCAUACCGAUUACAAAAAUAUUGACACACAUCCUGAACUCAUGAUGAUUAUCAUCACAUGACUUAUCAACACUUCUUAAGACCUCACCGAUUAUAAAUUGAAACCGAAAACAAUGUUGGUAGUCACAAUGAGAGCUUCGGCAGUUUUCCUCAGUUCCUUCAUAAUCAGCAUCCAGGCUGCAGCCUUUAACAACCCCGAAGAUGAGCUCCGCAGAAGCGCUGCUUGUUUAGAGCAGUCCAAAGUUAGUUCCGAAUCGAUAAAAAAUCUCCAGAUUGGCAAUUUCGAUGACGAUGAAAGACUGAAGGAGUAUUUGUUUUGUGUCAGCAAAAAUGCGGGUUACCAAGAUCCAGCGGGUCACCUCCAACAUGAAAUGAUCAGACUGAGAUUUAAAGGGGGGCGUUACAGUGACGACACCAUAAAUGAAGUAUUACAACAGUGCGGCCACCAGAAAGACACACCACAAGAAACUGCCUUCCAGUUCAUGAAAUGUGCCUAUCAGAAUGCGUUCCCGAGGAACUACAAGUAAUUUAUUAAUUUUGUUUAUACUAUUAAGAUAAGGAAUAAAGUUGAUCAAAACCU